CCUGCCCAUGACUGGUGGCCACCAGGUGCCACAUUCAGUGCGCCUGUUCGCUCAGUCAGGUACAAGGUGGAGACCUCCUCCUCUUCCUCGUCUUAAGCGAUGAUGGCCUUUCACACGUCCAGGAUUUUUAUUUUGCUACUCGUCUCCUCGCUCAGCGCCGUCUUUUUUCUUCUGUAUCAGUCCAAAUUAUCCGUAGAUAUCAGCUGGACGACUUUCUCCGGGAAAUUGAACCUGGUGUUGGAGGACUGUUGGCUGGAGGUGAAUGCCACCCCCGGCUGGACUCCUUCAUACGACUCAACGGUGACCUCCACGCCGACUCCAAAGCCAGAAACCCCCAUUCCCGUCAUAUCGAGAUCAAAAUUCUCAAAGCUUCCUGUGUGGGAUUUUGAGGACAUUUACAACCAGGAUGCUCCUCCUAGAGAGUCGACGUGCCGACAAUCCCUCAGGAAUUCCCAGGAUGAGAACUUCAGGAAGGCUUAUCUUCCCAACAUACGUUUAUUCCUGCACAAGAACAACAUCAACAUGAGCGAGUGGAACAGACUCUCCCACUUCAACAAUCCCUUUGGAUUCAUGGACUUCAGCUACAACGACGUCAUGUCCUCAGUGAAGUUGAUCCCCAGGCCGAAGGAGCCUCACCUCCUCCCAAAGCCAGGCGGCGAUGGCGGCGAUGGCUGCAUUCGCUGCGCUGUGGUGGGAACCGCCGGGAUCCUCAACGGCUCCAAAAUGGGGAAAGAAAUCGAUGCCCACGAUUACGUGUUCCGGGUGAACGGCGCCCUGACCGAGGGUUACGAGGACGACGUGGGGAACAAAACGUCGGUCUACGUCCACACGGCUCACUCCAUCACCACGUCCUUGUAUCUGUUCAAGAAGUACGGCUACAAGUCGGCCCCCCACGAUGAGGGGAUCCGAUAUGUGAUGAUCCCCGAGGGCAUGAGGGACUUCCAGUGGCUGGGGGGACUCCUGAGGGGGGACAGGGUGGCGCUCGGACCGUACAAAAAUAAACGGCCCAGGACGUACUACAUGGGCCAGUACAACGAGAGCCGCUUUUACGUCCUGCACCAGGACUUCCUCCGAUACGUGCGGAACAGGUUCCUGAAGUCCCCCCACCUGAACGCACGUUACUGGGCCAUCGUCAGACCCACCAACGGCGCCUUUGCCAUCUUCCUGGCCCUCCACACGUGCGACACGGUGGACGCGUACGGCUUCAUGACGCAGGACUACGCCAAGUACUCCAACUACUACUACCAGAGGGAGGGCAAAAGCCGUGUGGUUUUCUACGCCAACCACGACUACGUGUUGGAAAUGAAAACCUGGAAGAAACUCCACGACAGCAAGAUAUUGCGUCUUUAUCAACGGACCGAAUUAGGAACCCAACCCAAAGCUUUGAAACCGUCCUAGAACGAACCACAAAAUCCUUUCAGAACUUGUUUCACACUAAAAGGGUUACACUUUUGGAACAACUACAUAGACAUUUUUACCUACAGUUGGAAUACUCAACAUCUUCACAGAUUAUUUUAAUUAAUCAAUCACCUUAAAUCAAGAAAUCAUAUUUCCUUUUUUUUUUUACAAUUUAAAAAUUCAGUCAAUACAUGAAUUAUACAUGCUAUGCGAUGCUAUGCUAACAUCGCAGAAGAAGAUGUAUGGAUAGAUAGUAGUGGAAGUAUUUUGGAUGCAAAAUCUCUGAUUUUAUUUACUGUUUAUAUCUUAAAAACAACCAUGGGACCAUAUGUUUCACAGAUUAAACAUUCAUAUUUAUUUUGCUAUUACAGUCAUCCCUCGUUUAUGGCAGUUACAUACUUCUAGACACGACCAUGAUAAGUCAAUUACAGUCAAGUAGGAAUAGAUAUUUUCAUUGUUUGAGUGUAGAAAACCUGUUUACAACCUUCUAAAUAUAUAUUUUUUAACAUUAUUAGAGCCCUCUAGACAUGAUAUAACACCCCUAUAGUCACCUUUACACAUAAAAAUAAGACAAAAUGGGACAUAAUAUAGAUUUUAACAUUAUUUGAGUCCUCUAGACAUGAUAUAACACCCCUAUAGUCACCUUUACACAUAAAAAUAAGACAAAAAUGGGACAUAAUAUAGAUUUUAACAUUAUUAGAGCCCUCUCGACAUACACAUAACACCCCUAUAGUCACCUUUACACUUAAAAAUAAGACGGAAAUUGGACAUAAUAUAGAUUUUAACAGUAUUAGAGACCUCUAGACAUGAUAUAACACCCCUAUAGUCACAUUUACACUUAAAAUGGGGCAAAAAUGGGACAUAAUAUAUAUUUUAACAUUAUGAGAGUCCUCCAGACAUGAUAUAACACCCCUAUAGUCAACUUUACACUUAAAAAUAAGACAAAAAUGGGACAUAAUUUAGAUUUUAACAGUAUUAGAGACCUCUGGACAUGAUAUAACACCCCUAUAGUCACCUUUACACAUGAAAAUGAGACAAAAAUGGGACAUAAUUUAGAUUUUAACAGUAUUGGAGACCUCUGGACAUGAUAUAACACCCCUAUAGUCACCUUUACACAUAAAAAUGAGACAAAAAUGGGACAUAAUAUAGAUUUUAACAUUAUGAGAGCCCUCUAGACAUGAUAUAACACCCCUAUAGUCACCUUUAUACUUACAAAUAAGACAAAAAUGGGACAUAAUAUAGAUUUUAACAUUAUUAGAGCCCUCUCGACAUAUACAUAACACCCCUAUAGUCACCUUUACACUUAAAAAUAAGACGCAAAUUGGACAUAAUAUA